GUGACCGCCGCGCGUCACCGCCGCCCGCGAUAAAUGCCCGGCGGGCCGGGAGCCGGGAGGAAGCGGCGCGGAGCUCCUGGGGGAGGCCGGCGGAGGGGGAGCAGAGGCGUGAGAGCGCUCGGCGGUACCGAGCAGUGCCCAGCCGUGCCCAGAGCGGUCUCCCCAGCCGGCCCCCCGGCCCCUACGUGGGCCCGGCGAGGAGGUGGGCGGCGGAGCGAGGAGGCGGCCGCCGCCGGAGGGCCAACAGACCUGGAAGAAAGACUUUGUCUUGGAGCUAACUCCUGAGCAUUCUGAGAUCAUUCAUCAUGAAGUAUGUAGUACAGGAAUGGCUCAGAGUAACUACCUUACUAUUCAUAGCUCAAGCAAUUUCUGCAAUGGUUCUUCCCAAUGCCACGCUCUUAGAGGAACUUUUGGAAAAGUACAUGGAUGAAGAUGGUGAGUGGUGGAUCGCCAAGCAGAGAGGGAAAAGGGCUAUCACAGACAGUGAUAUGCAAAGUAUCUUGGAUCUUCAUAAUAAAUUACGGGGUCAGGUGUAUCCACCAGCUUCCAAUAUGGAAUAUAUGACAUGGGAUGUAGAAUUGGAGAGAUCUGCAGAGUCAUGGGCUGAAACCUGCCUAUGGGAGCAUGGGCCUGCAAGCCUUCUUCCGUCAAUUGGACAGAAUCUGGGGGCACACUGGGGAAGGUACAGGCCUCCAACAUUUCAUGUCCAAGCAUGGUAUGACGAAGUGAGAGAUUUCACGUAUCCACAUCCUCAUGAAUGCAACCCAUAUUGUCCUUACAAAUGCUCUGGUCCUGUUUGUACACAUUACACACAGGUUGUUUGGGCAACAAGUAGCAGAAUAGGUUGUGCAAUUAAUUUGUGUCAUAACAUGAACAUCUGGGGACAGAUUUGGCCAAAAGCAGUCUAUCUUGUAUGCAAUUAUUCUCCUAAGGGUAACUGGUGGGGUCAUGCUCCAUAUAAACCUGGCCGACCCUGUUCUGCAUGUCCCCCUAGUUUUGGAGGAGGUUGCAGAGAAAAUCUUUGUUAUAGAGAGGAUUCAGAAAGGCCUUAUUCUCCCCAUGAACCAGAAGAGGAAACCAAUGAGAUUGAACGGCAACGAUCCAAAGCCCAGGAUGCAACGGCGCAAAGCCGGCCAAGAACUCAUUCACCUUCAGGCUCUACAGGCAACGAUGACAGUGAGAAAAAUGAAGUAAUAAGCACACAGCAAAUGUCUCAGAUUGUUUCAUGUGAAGUACGUCUAAGAGACCAGUGCAAAGGAACAACUUGCAAUAGGUAUGAAUGUCCUGCUGGCUGUUUGGAUAGCAAAGCCAAGGUUAUUGGAAGUGUACAUUAUGAAAUGCAAUCCAGUAUUUGUAAAGCUGCCAUACAUUAUGGCAUCCUAGACAAUGAAGGUGGUUGGGUUGAUGUCACUAGGCAAGGAAGGAAAAAUUACUUUAUCAAAUCUUAUAGAAAUGGUGUUCAGUCAAUUGGAAAAUACCAAUCUGCCAAUUCCUUCACAGUCUCUAAAGUUACAGUUCAAGCUAUCACCUGUGAAACAACAGUAGAACAAUUGUGUCCUUUUCAAAAACCAGCCUCACACUGUCCAAGGGUGUAUUGUCCUCGUAACUGUAUGCAGGCAAAUCCACACUAUGCUCGAGUAAUUGGAACACGAAUUUAUUCUGAUAUAUCCAGUAUCUGCCGAGCAGCUGUACAUGCUGGUGUAGUCCGCAACCAAGGUGGUUACGUUGAUGUUAUGCCUGUAGACAAAAGAAAGGUGUACAUUGCUUCCUUUCAAAAUGGGAUAUUUUCAGAAAGUUUACAGAAUCCUCCAGGAAGCAAGGCAUUCAGAGUAUUUGCUGUUGUUUGAGUCUAGCGAGAAGAAUGUAAAACAGGCAAGUGAAAACAGAGCACUUGGAAGAGAAUAAUAGAGGCCAUUUCUUGUAAUUUCUAUAAUUUGUAUAAAGCUGUAACAUUCUUGUACAGAGUAUAUAUACUGCUUUCCACCAAAAAAGUUUAAAUUACAUAUAUAUCUUAAUGAAAAUAUCUGUAAAAGUAAACAUGGGAGAAAAAUUCAGUUGAAAAUGUAUAUUGAUAUAUAACAAUAUUUUGAAUCCUGUGUUAAUUAUUGCUAUAUUUUCUUAGCAGUUACUCUUAUACAGUUAAUUCAAAGCUCAUAAAUGUUCUGUUUUCUUUAUGAUAUUAUUAUGAUAUUUCAAUAUGACUUUUUUAUAAUAUUGUAUGGUGCUUUAUAUAUGCCACUAACAGUAACCUUAAAACUAUACCAUAGGGAGGCCUGAGUUUUUAUUUCCAAUGUACAUAAAAGAAGCCAUCCUAAUAAUUCAGUAUAAUAAAUCGUGCCUUAAAGUGAAAUAAAUAUCUAUAUAACUUUUUGAUGAUUUACAGUAGCAUUAGCCAUGCAAGCGUAAAUGAAGAGCUAGACUGUUUUCAAUUUCACACUAAUCGUGACAAGUACAAAUACCAAUUUAAAAUAAAAUAGAAAACCUGGAGAAGUCCUGGGUCGUAUUAGUAUGUUUUCAUCUCAAGAAGUAUUUCAAUGAGAGUGGUCCAUUCAUGUUUGUUAUUUCUUAAAUAUUUUAAAUAAAACAUUUAUUGGAUGCUGGUGA